GUCGGUUUGUAACAAGAAAGCAUUGUUGUCGUUCGUUAUUUAGUAUAUACGAUGUAUAACGAGUAUAUUAUCACGUGAAUCCAGGAACAGAAACUUCAGUUUUGGGAAAUCAUCUACUUCCUCGAUAGAAAUCAGCCAAUUCCAUGAUUGUAAAAUCAGGGGUUCUAAUGAUAUGCUGGCCUUGAGAUACUUGAGUUAGAAUCAACAUUUUCAUGAAUUAUAAAUGGUCAUUGUGAUUUCUUUCCAGUCUAUGUGUUUUGUAUAGUAUAUGGAUAAUAGUCGUGGUCACGAUUUUACGUGCUGAGUACCCUAACUCUAUUCGCAGAGUGCUAUAAUGUGACAUAAAGCUUGCGGCUUUUGUAACUAAAGCAAGUUGUAACAAUCUUUCAAUAUGAAUAAUUGAUCAGGAGUUCAAGGUCAGCAUUCAAAAGUGAUCAGUUUGCUUGAAAGCUAAGCAAUUCUUUAUAUCACUCGAGGUGGAAGCCGAGCUGAAAGAUUCCGUGAGCAAAGUGGACCUCGCAAGCUCCUAUCACCACAAUACACAGAACAUCGAGUGGAUAAUCUCAAGAUCACCAACGAGGAAUGUUGUAUUCUUUCAACGAAGUCUAGAUUGAUCAACAUCUAUUACCAAUAUGUACCGAAGAGAUCCAACUUUGCUUAUUGCGAUAUUUAUCACUUUUAUGCUCAGUGUUGAUAAUAUUUUGAACAUACAUGCGAAAGAAAUCGCUGCAUAUCACGAGGACCGGAUACUUCGCGAGAUUAUUGAAAAAUACUCCUCAAAGAUCCGUCCCGUCAUCAAUGCGAAAGAUUCCGUCAAUGUGACACUUGACAUCACCUUCAAUAACAUCAUUGAUCUGAACGAGAAAUUUCAAUCUCUAAAAUCAAGCAUUUGGGUUAGACAGCAUUGGGCGAAUCCUCUGUUCAAGUGGAAUACUUCCCAUUAUGGGGGAUUGGGUUCAUUAAUCGUGGAUUCCCGUAAAUUAUGGCUGCCUGAUAUUGCACUGUAUAACAAUAUCAAUGACGAAACAAAUACCGUACACCUGGAUCAAAGACUCACACGUGUUCGUAUAGAUAGCAAGGGAAUGACGUACUGGGCUGUACCCUAUAUCUUUUCAACAUUGUGCAAAAUUGAUGUGAAAAACUUCCCUUUUGAUACCCAACUAUGUGCAUUGAACUUUGGAUCGUGGCAAUAUGAUGGGAACGAAGUUAACAUUAUAAACGACAAAAAACUCGCACGUAUUGCCAAGACAAGAGUUCCUAAUGGCGAGUGGGAUGUACUUAAGGUGGAGAUCAAACGAACGGUUCACUAUUACAAAUGUUGUCCUGGUUCGCCAUACCCUGAACUGUCAUUCAUAAUUCACAUGAGGCGAAAACCACUAUUCUUUCUUGUCAACCUCGUAAUACCGAAUAUUUUGAUUGCUCUGUUGGCAUUCUUUUCCUUCUUUAUUCCCGUGGAAUCAGGUGAAAGAAUAUCUUUUGUGAUCACAGUUUUACUUAGCAUGACGGUGUUUAUGUUACUUAUUGCUGAGAGUAUUCCUCCAACUUCUGAAGCUGUGCCUGUUAUUGGAAUAUAUUACACGUUUACAAUCAUUGAAGUCUUCCUGGCUUUAGCGGCAACUGCAGUCAGUCUAAGGAUUAAUUACAGCUAUUUGUUUGGGAACGGACUAUCUUCCAGGUCCAAAACUCUCAUUUUUAAAUACAUCGGACCGUGGCUGGGAUUUGACGUCGCAAAGAUGCUUUGUACAAAGACUAAAAACAAGCCUCGCCCCAAUCCCUCGUCAAUAACGUACGGCGGAUGCCAGUGUUGCAGACAGGCUACCUCACCAUCACCGAGUAAUGACAUGACUGACUCUGACAUGAUGCGCAAUGGUAAUAGCCAGUCUUCCAGCACACCCUACAAGUACCUGGAAGCCAACAUAGGAAACAGUGACAACCCCACAGAAAGUCUGAUGCUCCAUGUCAUGGAUAACAUAAAUGAUCACUAUGGAAAACGAAACAAAGACCAUCAUACUGUGGAUCACGAUGAUCGCGAAAUCACCCAAACCCUGACAUUAAAAGAACGCGAAGAUCAAAAGAUCAAAGAAAGCAAGUUAGCGGCGACUAUCAUUGAUUAUCUGUUCUUGUGGAUUUUCACAUCUGCUUAUGCCAUUGCGUCCACUAUCAUCUUGUGCAUUCCUUUGUUUAACAAACAGGGAUGAUAUUCUUGACGCUGUGACGUCGUAUCUGGAAAAAAGACGAACUUCUUUCUAUAAAAAACUGACUACGAACAGAGAGAAAACUUUGAACAAUAUACACGAUCACAACGGGUUCUGUUCACUAAGAGUCUAUUUUGUCAAGACUGAGAAUAUACAAGACGAGUGAUAAAAGACUGCCAAGAAACUGUCGGGACUGAAUGGUUGUGAAACGGUGACUUUGAAUCAAAAAAAUUAGAAAACGUUUUCUAGAAGUGUUUCGGGGUAACUCAGAAAUCCUAAUCAUGUCGAUAUACAACUAGGGUUAGCAUUACUGUAAAAUCAUUGAAAAACUUUUCCUGAAAUUGAAAAUAUCUUAUAUAGUAGUCCUCUAAAAUCAAAUUCUUGUACUUUAAAAAUCCUGGAAUUCUGUGAUGAAAACGGAUGUAAACGUACCAUGUAUAUAGUGUUUUAGACAAAAAGAGUAAUGCGUUUUCACAAGAUCCAGACAUUCAACGCAAGUGAUUGACGACCUAAAUGGAAAAUAGAUUUCAUUGCGAUUUUAUUGUUGUGUAGCUAGUGAAGAAUGAUUUAUUGAAUGUAUUAACUAAAUCAAAUGAGAUUUGGAAUUGUGUGAUAUGGCCUUUCAUUUAAUUUUGUAUUUUUUGUUACAAAUCAGUUCAUAUAAUCAAUAAAAUACAUGGACUGGA